AUGAAAAGCCGUUUAAGAAGUCGUCAACGAUUGUCAACGCCACAAUUAGAAUAUUUACCACGAGAAAAAUUAGGACGUACAAAACGUAUAUUAUCUUUAGGAAUAUCACCAUCAGAAAAUGAUAAUUAUAUUAAUAGUUUGGAUAAUAAACAAUUAGUACAAGAAAUAGAUGGUCUCAAACAAGAAAAUGAAAAACUACGUGCGGAAAAUUUAAUGUUUGCACAUCAUUUACGACGUGUUAAUAGUUCGAGACUUAUGGAAACAUUUGAACAAUGCGCAAUUGAAAAUGAUAUUAUUGACAAGGAAAUUAGUAUUGAUUCGAUAAGAAAUGCUAUUUCGAGUAAAUUACCGAAAGUAGCACGACGUUUAUCGAUGCGACGAGGCUCAACUGAUGCAACAAAAUCGAUGAAAUUAUGGAAUAAAUUAUUGACGAAUUGGCAUGAAACUGUUAAUGCACCACGUCUUUUACGAGUUGAACAAGAGAAACUAUCGAUAGCUGCAUAUGAAAUUGAACAAACACAGUUAGAUUGGCAAAGAAUGACAACGAACGCACUUCUAGCAUUAGACCGAUUAGAUGUUAUUCUGCGUACCGCUGAAUCUGAUAUAAUUGCUGAACAAUCACUGCAACUUGAUUUAGAAAAAUAUAUAAACCAAUUUAAAUAUAACACUAACGAAAGCAAAUUUAACAGUGCACGUUGUAUCGUUCCAGCUGACAUUCUCAUCGGUCGUAUCAAUAAACGAAUAGAACAGCAUAAGCGUCUAAUUGGCUAUUUAAAUAUCGACACUCAAUGUGCACAAGUACGUAUUCGAACUGUUGAUGCUCAACUACGAGAAAUAGAUCAUUUACAUGAAAAAACAGAUGAAAUCGAUAUUAAUUUUGUUCGAACAAAAAAAAUCGAUUAUUUAGACACAUUUAAAGACCUUGAUAAACAAUAUAAAAUGGAUAAAUCCUCACAAUAUCCAUUAUUACGUGAGUUGCAAGAAUGGAAAAAAAGAUUAUCGGAACAAGAAAUGUUAAAAAUUAAUGAUGACUAUAAAUGUGAAUUAUUAGAAAACUAUUUAGAAACAAUGAAGAACGAAUUUGAUUCUUUUCAAAAAGAAGUUGAAUUGAUUUCGAAUGAAAAUUAUUUGUUAAAAAAUCGAAUAGCCGAAGUUAAAAAAGCACCAACGAUAACAGAAUAUGCUCAUACUAUUCAACGAACAAAACGAUUACAAGAUAAUAUUGAUGUUUGGACACAAAGAGUUAGCAUGGCUGAAGUAUGUUUCUAG